AUGGAGGAGCUGAGCGCGGCGCUGGCGGCCGGCGUGGGGCUGGCGGGGCCCAACAGCCCGGCGGCCCCGCACCCCCGCCUGGCCGCCUACAAGGCCCGCGGCGGGCCGGGGCAGGCCGAGCGCCGCCAGCGCCUCCUCCGCCUCCAGAGAGAGAGGCGGUUGGACUACGUGAACCAUGCCAGGAGGCUGGCAGAGGACGACUGGGCAGGGGUGGAGAGCGAGGGCGAGGAGGAAGAAGAUGCGGAGGAAGAGGAGAUGGACGUGGAUGCUGGCAAGAAGCUGCCCAAGCGCUACGCCAAUCAGCUGAUGCUGUCUGAGUGGCUGGUCGAUGUGCCCUUGGAUCUGGAGCAGGAGUGGGUUGUAGUGGUGUGUCCCGUCGGGAAAAGGGCGCUGGUCGUGGCGUCCAGGGGUUCAACAGCGGCUUACACGAAGAGCGGCUUCUGUGUCAACAGGUUCCCAUCUCUGCUGCCGGGGGGGAACCGGCACAAUUCAACGAGCGAGAAAGUGUACUGCAUCUUGGACUGCAUCUACAACGAGGCAAAGCAGACGUAUUAUAUCCUUGAUGUCAUGUGCUGGAGAGGACACCCCGUUUAUGACUGCCAGACGGACUUCAGAUUCUUCUGGCUUUUCUCAAAGAUCCAAGAGGAGGAAGGACUGGGAGAGAAAAGCAGGAUUAAUCCAUUCAAAUUUGUGGGCCUGCAGAACUUCCCCUGCUCCUCGGACAGCCUGUGUAAGGUGCUGGCUAUGGACUUCCCCUUCGAGGUCGACGGACUUCUCUUCUAUCACAAGCAAACCCACUACACCCCUGGCAGCACCCCGCUAGUGGGCUGGCUCCGGCCCUACAUGGUACCCGAAAUCCUCGGGCUCGCCGUGCCCGCUACCGUGCUCACUGCCAAACCAGACUAUGCUGGGCGUCAGCUCCAGCAGAUCAUUGAGAGCAAGAAGAAUAAAAAGCUGGCAGCAGAAAAGGGUCACCCGAGCAGCGCGGCGGCUGCGAGGAAUGGACAUUACGAGCUGGAACACUUGUCUACCCCUCAGCCAGCAAACUCUCCAGAGGGCCGGGAUGAAGCAGGGAGCCAGAUGGAGAAUUAGGCUGCUGGGACAGACCGGUUGGGUAAGGAGAAAGCAAAAGGUUCCACGUUUCUUGCUGUCACUCACUCUCCCUGAGAGGGGGGGCCAAAGGUAAUGAUAGGAUGGUUUUGUUUAAAGGGCACGGAAGUGGAAUAUCUCGCUCCAAGUGCCUCUGGAUUUUUUUUUUAUUUUUUUUGCCAGGGCUUCUGUGGGGCCUUCACAGGAUUGUCUGGUUCUUUGCUAAGGCAGUCGUGCGUUGGGAAACGAAAUGAGCUGUCCCCACGCUGCAGGGUUCCCGGUUCGGCUCCCGCCCCUGCUUCUGUUAACGCCUCUGGCAAAGCUCCGGCGUAGGAACAGUGCUCAGACCUCCGAGGUGCCACUGCUGCUCAUAACCCCAGCCCCGAUGGCGGCCCCGGAAAUCGGGGCGUUUCAGCCUUUGAUCCAGCUGUUCAGCCCUUCUCAAUGCAAGUUUUGUGGUCAGUCCGCUUCUAGGAACAAAAAGUUUGCAGCAGGCUGCUGUAAAUCCAAAGGCUGGACUUUCCACACCCACGUUACUGAGGAAAAACGAAAUUUCCUCGCAUCGCAGCGGGCCCUGCCUCCAAGCACAGCUUUGUGCGGCACGAGCGUGGCAGAAGCCUGUACUCAAAUCUUUUUCUCAGUAGGGGGAGGAAGGAAUGGUUUCGCUCUGAAAAACGCUAGCCUG